AUGCAUGUCUCCUGGACAGAUCCCACGCUCUCGGAAGUUUAUCAAGACCACAAUUCCCGGCUGAGCACGAGCGGAGUAGUGGAACUUCCUCGUAAAGACGGGUGGACCUAUAAAGUCAUAGAGACCACCCUCUUCGUGCCACACCCAAUUCAUUUGCAUGGUCACGACUUUGUCAUCAUGACUCAGGGCUGUGGAGCAUACAGUGGGCAAGUGAUCUCCCUUGCGAAGCCGCCCAAGAGAGACACCGCAAUGCUGCCCGAGAAUGGGCAUUUGGUUAUUGCAUUCAAGACCGAUAUUCCUGGCGCAUGA